CUUGCUUUGAAAGUUGUUCCACUUGAUUGCUCAGUUUGCUUCUUUGAGUCAGUGGUGGCAGGGGAAUUAUAAAGGAGAUGAAGGCGCAGCCAAGUCCCAGGUAAUGUGUGCAGAUUUAAGCCGAUUUAAAGUUGUGAAGAUUGACUCUGAAACUUUCUUUGCACAAGGGACAACUUUAGGAAAAAGGUGCUGAUUUUUUUGCCAGCAGUGUGUGCUUGGCUUGGGAAACCUGCUGAAGUGUGGCUCACCUUGCAAAGGCAACAUGGGCAGUGGCGCUUUGAAGAUUGCUGGGCUGCUUGUUGGUGGCAUUGGCGUGAUUGGGACAUUUGCUGUCACAGGCAUGCCUCAGUGGAGGGUGUCUGCCUUCAUUGAGAACAACAUCAUCGUGUUUGAGACCAUUUGGGAAGGUCUGUGGAUGCACUGUAUCAGGCAAGCCAACAUCAGGAUGCAGUGCAAGGUCUACGACUCCGUGCUGGCCCUCUCUUCGGACCUGCAGGCAUCCAGAGGACUGAUGUGUGCUGGGUCGGUGCUCUCGUUCCUCGCUUUCAUGGUUGCCAUUAUUGGGAUGAAGUGCAUGUGGUGCACGCAGAGCAGCUGGCAAGCCAAGGGCUAUAUUAGUCUGGUGGCUGGGAUCCUCUUCAUCCUCUCGGGUAUUGUUGAGCUCAUUCCAGUCUGCUGGGUUGCCAGUGCCAUCAUCAGUGACUUCUAUAACCCUGUGGUCAACGUUGCACAGAAAAGGGAGCUUGGAGAGGCUCUCUACCUGGGCUGGGCAGCUGCCUUCUGCCUCAUUGCUGCUGGAGCCAUAUUCUGUUGCUUUUGCUGCUGUUGUAUGAAAACCAGAAACUACAGGUACUCCACACCAAACCAGUAUCCCACUCAGAGCCAGCAUAUGCACAGGAAGAUGGAAAGCUCAUACUCCAAAAGUCAGUAUGUCUAGAUGCUUCCUGCUUUUCCUCUUUUGAAGCAUUCAAUCUGUCUAAAUGGAUUUCAGCUUCUGCACAAAAGGGCAGCUAGAAUGCUACCUUUGCCUUUUGCUUUGUAACUGCUGUUGUUAUAGUUGCAUUACCACCGGUGGGCUCUGCUGUUACUAAUGCUGCAGCAGGGACAAUUUUAAUACAUGGAAAGGUGAAUGUUUAAUAUUAUUUUAGUAGUAACUCAAAAUAGCUUUUGUGUUUUGUGGCUUUGCUUUGUGUUGAAUUUUAUGUGUAAAGCAGUAAUAAAAGGCUUAAAGUUCUA